AUGUCUUCUCACAAAGGAAAGGAGAGCACCAAUACACGUAAGAGAUGUUCUGCAAAACGUCUUGAUGGUAAACAGUGUCCGGGAGAUGGAAAACAUGAUGGUUCAACGGGCAAGAUUUGCGAUGCUUGUUACAAUAAAAUUCGGGGCCGGGAAACAGUUGGCAAUAUAGCGUCUUCUUCCAAAGCACAGGAGCAUUCAUCAAAUAGAUCAUCGCCAAGUGUCAGGCCACAACCUUCUACAGAUCAAAAGCGUCCAGAUCGGAGAACCGAAACCGAAACUCAAUCAUACAAUGAUGGAGCAUCGAGAAAUAAGGGAAAAAGGCGCGCCUCGAAAACUCCUUCAAUCGGACAACGGACACCUGAGUUUGUCCCGGUUCCACCAGAUACAGCAGCAAUUGGCAAAUCUGAAGGCCUAGAUUGGUCUCCGAGUCUUCAAACUCCAGCUUAUGGACAAAGAAAUUAUCCUGUAGAGUAUGAGUCAUAUAAACCUCCACAACCUCAAUAUCAUACAGUUUCGCCCGAUUUAACUGGACCUCGCUCACCUGGCUUUCAAACUUCAAGAUACGGGCAACAAGGAGACCCGGUGGAAUUUGAAUCAUAUCAAACUUCAUAUCAUCCACAAUCACCCGAUGUCAGAGGUUUCACAAUACCCGAGACCGAAAUCGCUCCUCGUGCCCAUGCGACACAAGUGGUUGAACAACCAUUCACGCAAUCUGUUGAUGGGCAGCAAACUCAGUAUGCAAACAGAAAUUGUGAUGAAGGGGAUCUUCACAGUGCUAAUACGCCUCCGAAUGAAAUUUGGCAAUCAUCAUCUCUGACGAGUGCAUAUCCACGACGAACUCCUGUAGGAAAUUCCCAAGAUCCCGGGCAUCCGCGAAGGAUUAGACAAUGGGAAAGCGGAUAUUCAAGGGAGAAAGAUGGUUGCAGCAUAUCACAUCAUAGCACUACUCCCGCUGGUGGUGAAAGCUCAUUAAUGCGUUCGACAAGCAUCGAGGGUCCGAAUAUAGUUACAACCUCCGAUAUUAGAGGAAGUUAUGAUCAAAUACCAUCUACAAGCCACGCUCCUUUGGGUCCUGGUGCAGGGCCGAGUUCUAUUCCUUUACCGGAAGUAGCACAGGGUGUAAUAAAAGAUGAACGAUGGAAAUCUGAAAGACGAAACUGGGAACUGAACAAGAUUCAAAUUCAAAGACAAUAUCUGGAUCAAUAUCCCGCAAGCAAUUCUGUAUCUGAGGGACCUGAAGAGUUUCGUGCCCAUCUUCUAUUUGCCGUAUCACUUGGAGAGGGUCUGAAGUGCACUUAUCGAAAUCGUCAUUCACAUCGCUGUCAAAACAGUACUGUGCCAGGUAAAAGGUAUUUUUACUGUGAUAUAGAAACCCACAACGACCAAGAAAAUCCCAAAUGGUAUAGAGGAAUGUCCAUAAAGACUCGCAAGAGAGGAACAUGUUACCAAGUCGUGGAGAGUUCUCAGGGAGUAACAUAUCCUUCAAGGCGCCAAUGUGGCCGCAAUACUAGAGAAACUUAUUGUGAUCUAGAAUAUCAUUGCGAAAAGUACUUGAAUGUACCUCAACCAAGAUGUUAUGACAGCCACGAGAUAUAA